UUCUCGGUGAGCGCACGGCUCGCGAUUGGGGAUGACGCCUGCCAGUCUUGGUGGGUGGGGCUUCAACCCGGCGGAAGGCGGAAGCAUACGGUGCCGGGUAGCAGCAUGGAGGCGGUGGCAGGGGAGAGAAGCAACCUGUCCGGGGUGCGGCACAUCCUGCUGGUGCUCUCUGGGAAGGGCGGCGUGGGGAAGAGCACCAUCUCCACUGAGCUGGCUCUGUCGCUGCGGCACUCUGGGAAGAAGGUGGGGAUCCUGGACGUGGACCUGUGUGGCCCCAGCAUACCCCGCAUGUUCAGGGUACAGGACAACGACGUGCAUCAGUGUGACAGCGGCUGGGUCCCCGUCUUUGUGGACCAAGACAAGAGCAUCUCGCUCAUGUCCAUCGGCUUCCUGCUGGAGAAGCCGGAUGAUGCUGUGGUGUGGAGAGGACCCAAGAAAAAUGCUUUAAUCAAACAAUUUGUUGCUGACGUGGCCUGGGGGGACCUGGACUUCCUCAUUGUGGACACUCCACCAGGCACGUCUGACGAGCACAUCUCCACGGUGGAGGCCUUGCGGCCUUACAAGCCACUUGGAGCAAUCCUGGUCACAACGCCCCAGGCCGUGGCUGUGGGAGACGUGAGGCGAGAGCUGACGUUCUGUAAGAAGACAGGUUUACGAGUUCUUGGCAUCGUGGAGAACAUGAGUGGCUUUGUCUGCCCACACUGCUCGGAGUGCACAAACAUCUUUUCCAAAGGGGGAGGUGAGGAGCUGGCCAAGCACGCUGGAGUCCCCUUCCUAGGCUGUGUUCCCCUGGACCCCCAACUCAGCCAGAGCUUGGAGGAAGGCAGAGAUUUCAUCCGAGAGUUUCCCAAGAGCGCUGCCUUCCCUGCCUUGGCUCACAUCGCCCAGCAGAUCUUGGAUGGUACGUCACAGCCGAGCUCCUGAGGAGGGCACGGAGCAGGACUCUUGCUGGCUAAGCCCCUGGCCCAGCAGCACCACCAGCAGCCCGUGCUGGUGGGGAAGGGGGACUAUCUCAGUGGGGGUGCCGGAGGGAGGGGGAUGCACAGCAUCAGUGCCGCUCACAGCGAUCCAAAAGGGAAGCACUGCUCUAUCCUCCUGGAUCUGAUGAUCACCUGAUGCAGCGACAAUGGCAAACAUCAUUGACUGUUUUUUCCCUCACUGAACCCAAACGGCACUGACCAUCUGGAUCGUGGCUCCACGUGCUGCUGCCUUCUCCUGCUGUUCUUGCGUGAUGGAUCAUAUGGUACUUGGUUUGGUGGCUGGUGCGUUCGUGCUGGGUGCCCUGAUGUGGACCCAAGCCAGGCUGCCGCACUCUGAUGUCUCACGUCGCUGGUUCCUGAUGGGCUGAUGAGGGCACAGCAUGUGCUUCGCAUGAGGAAAACAUCUUUAGGAGACAGACCACAUGUUUGAGGUCUGCAUCCUGCCUUGUUUGAGGCCUUGUUUGAUCUGCUCGGGAUUAUUGUGACUCAGGAAUAUUUUUAAAGGUUCCAGACAGUAAAUACUUUUCUUAAAAUCCA